CCCUCUGCAGCAUCACAAAUUGGCAGAGUCUACAUGCAUUCAUUCAGACAUGGCAAGUAAAAAGGCCUCCAAUAAAAGGCAGAGGGGGAAUCAGAAGUCCUGCUCCAAUGUAUUUUCAAUGUUCGAGCAGUCACAGAUACAAGAGUUCAAAGAGGCUUUUGGCUGCAUUGACCAGGACAGGGACGGGGUAAUCAAGAAGCAGGACCUGAAGGAGACCUACGCUCAACUCGGAAAGCUUAACAUUAAGGAUGAGGAGCUGGAAGAGAUGCUGAAUGAAGGGAAGGGUCCUAUCAACUUUACUGUGUUUCUAACACUUUUUGGGGAGAAACUCAACGGGACCGAUCCUGAGGACACCAUACUUGCUGCUUUCAAACCUUUUGACCCCAAUGGGACAGGUUUUGUUAAUAAGGACGAAUUUAAGCGAUUACUGAUGAAUCAGGCUGAUAAAUUCACGGCAGACGAGGUGGAACAGGCAUUCACUUUGGCACCAAUCGACCCAAUCGGAAACAUUGACUACAAGCAACUCUGCUACAUCAUCACACAUGGAGAUGAGAAGGAAGAAUCGUAACAGGCCAUAUGUGUAGUUCAGUAACAUGGCUACAGCUGAGGAAUAAUUGACACUAGCAAUUAUUGGAGAUAAAGUGGAUUUAAUAUUAUAUUAUAGAUAUUUAAAGUGGUAUAUUAUGUCAACUGCCCUUCAGUUCUUUUGAAGAAAUGCUGUACUGAAAUACAUUAAAAAUAAAGUGCUGGACUCCCUCCAAAAAUUACAUAAAUAAACAAUUAGAGAAGUUA